GUAUUUAUGUACCUGACAGAGUUUAAUCAGUCUGAUCGCUGUGAGCAUUUCUCCUGUCCAGAGAGAUCUGUAUCUCCUGCAGUUUAUAUCUUACUGUAUGUGUGUUCAGCUGCUGUGGUUCUGCUAACAGUGUGUGGAAAUCUGCUCGUCAUCAUCUCUGUUUUUCACUUCAAGCAGCUUCACACUCCAACUAACAUGCUUGUGCUCUCUCUGGCUGUGUCGGAUUUCCUUGCUGGAAUGUUUGUAAUGCCACCAAUGUUAAUCUCGACUAUUGAGUCAUGCUGGAUUUUUGGGAGAGUUUUCUGCACCAUUUACUGGUUGAUUAGUUGUUUCCUUACAAUAUCAAUCUAUACUGUUGCUCAGAUUGCUGUAGAUCGUUAUUUAGCUCUCUCAAAUCCCUUUCUAUACAUAAACAUUGUCUCUGUGAGAAGCACCUGUUUUGUAAUUGUUUUAAAUUGGUGUGUAGUCCUGGUCUAUAGUGUAGCACUUCUAUAUUUCAAUGGAAUUGUCAAAAGUUAUGUAAUAUGUCCUGGAGAGUGUUUUCUCCCUCUAAAUGAGGUUUGGUCUUUAAUUGAUCUUGUUUAUUUAUUUAUUUUUCCACUUUCUGUCAUAAUCAUAUUGUAUACUCAAGUUUUUGUGAUUGCUAAAAAACAUGCCACUGCAAUCAGAGAGCUUAAUAAUCACACACGGCCUAAAACACAGAAAAUCACCUCACACUCUAUGAAAUCCGAGAAGAAAGCGGCUAAAGUCCUCGGCAUUUUAGUGUUUGUGUUUAUAAUGUGUUUACUUCCAUAUUACAUUUACAGUUUUUUAGGCAAUGUUAUUGAAAUACAGAUAGAAACCUUUCAAACAGUCUCAAUCUUUUUUUGUCUUAAUUCCACCAUUAAUCCAGUUAUUUAUGCCUUGUUUUACCCGUGGUUUAGAAGGUGUGUUAAAUUAAUUGUAAGUCUGCAAAUAUUUCAAGCAGACUCUGCAUUAAUUAAUGUUUUUUUUUGA